AUGGCAACUGAAGGACUUUUGCAAGUGAUACACAGUGUCUCUUCGUCAGAGAAUAACUUUUUCAACAUCUACGUUGAGGGUUUGGAUGAUCAGGUGUUCGGCUUGCAGGCGGAUCGUUUGGCCGAUGUCAUCCAAAACAUUAGUUCCCUCCUGUCCAAAGCUUCGUCACGAUUGUUGGGGCUUCGUUUAUUGAAUAAAUUUCUUGAUCAAUGCACUGACGAUGUCUUCAACAAGACUGGAAAUCUUUGGACAUCGUUGGCUUUAAAAGCUUGCCAUGCCCAUAUGCAACCGAAUGAAUCCAUGCUGGCGUAUGAGGCGUUGGGUAAGAUCACCACAAAAUCACUGCAAUCAGCAGAUUUGACGAAAUCGUUUGCAAGUGGUCAUCUUUCAAAAGUAUACGAAUCGUUGAAUUAUGUCCCAGCUGAAAGUGUUGGCAGCGCCCUUCGGUGUGUGGAAAUAUGCUUACGAUGCUAUCCGGCAUCGAGUGGCCCGUCGAGAAAAACGAUUGAAAAAUUCUUAGCAAAGUUUCAAGACUCUCUCGAUGCCGACAUUGUGGCCUAUAAUGGAAAAUGUUUGCAUCUAAUGCAGCAGGUUAGCGGUGGUGAGGUUCGCAGUUCCAGUCACAAGACACAAUGGAAGAAUUAUCAGACCCAAUUGGUGGGCAGCCUUCAUGCCGUAUUCAACGACAUGUUUGCCAGUUGUAAUGAGAUAUGGGACGACAAUAUUGUCACCGACCAACUGAAUAUGGAGAAGUUGGUGCUAUCCGAUGAACCAGUCAACAGAGCAGCUCAGCUGUAUAUAAGAUGCCACAACUUGGUACAGUAUCUAAUUGCCGCUCUGAAGGAACCAUUUCCAGCUGAGAAGCCGUUGUUGUCUAAAAUGCUGUUGGGGAUUAUCAAUCGUGGACUGAGUGUUACUCUGAAUCUUCUACAUCAAAAUCCCAUAACGGAUAACAUUGCCUUAGCCUUGUUGAUGCCAAAGGUUCACAUUGAUCUUUUGUAUUUGUUAGAUGCAGUCGUAUCGAUUCUCAGAGCCCAUGUAUUGCCCUACUAUAAUUUAAUUUUGGGCUUGCUAAUGGAUAUUAUGAAGUCUACAUCGGCAGCUGAGAGUCAUGGUAAACAGAAGCCUUUCGCUGUGCUCCGGGCCAAGAUCUAUGACAGUGUUUCACUGUGGUGCAAAAUUCAAGGCGGUGGCAGCCGUUGCGAUUCGAUUGCCGAAUAUCUGAUCAAUGAAAUUCUGGUGGAUGUUACACCAGAGCAGAAUGAACUGACAUUGCAGGUGUGCGCUGGAUCGGGUAAACAUUUGUCCAAGAAGAUGAAACGGCAAUUGCACAAGGCACAAAAUGAGCGUUCCAACAUUUCGAAGAACAGUGUUAAGACAGCGAAGAACUCCCUAUCGCAAAGGGAUGACAAAAAUCAAUUAGUGUGCAUUGCUGCCCUUCGCUGUCUACAGGAGUUGCUGCUUUCCGUUGCAAGUUUCCUGAAGCCCACGAAAAUCAAAUUAUUACAAACCGUGGUGGUACAGAUUUGUAGCCAGUUUUAUGAAUUUGCCGGAGAUAUGGGGUACUUGUAUUCAAGCGCCCAAUGUCGCCUGGAGAUUUACAAUGUACUGUAUGUAAUGGUAUCCACUCCACACCAUUUGUCUCCACCACCAAUGGAUUUAAUUUUGAGUUUGUUGAACAACGCUUGCUGUCGGGAUGGCAACAUGAGAGUCCGUAAUCAAUGUGCUAGAAUUCUACAGAACCUUGAAAAACUUGUUCAUCCUCAAAAGGAAUCGUUGAUCUUUCCCAUUGAUGCUCGUGAGAUUCGCAAUGCUUUUAUUAUGCUGGGGCAGGAACGGUUAUUAGGGGACUCUACGGCGUUGAAUGGCGUUGGUGAUGAUAGUGAUGAGGAGAAUGAGCUUAAUGAAGAUGUCAAUAACAAAGAUAACGGUGAGGAGGUGGACGAGGGGCGUGAGGAGGAAAGUUUGGAAAAUAUCGAUGAACAUGAUAGAGGAGUUAUUAAUUCAACUGAAGACUCGGUAACACAGAUUGUUGAUAUAUCAAGUGAUAAUGAUGUCGAAAUGCUUGAACAAACAAAUGAAGAUGAUGUGCAGAUUGUGGAAGAUAAGAUACAUAAAGAUGUAGAAGAUACGACACAUAAGGUGGUGGACAAUGGACUGGAGGAUAAUGACGACUGUCAAAUUGUGUCGCCAGCUGCUGACAACGACAAAACACAUCUUGAAGAAAAUGACAAUACAAAUGAUCAACUCAACGAGAAUCCAAAAUCGCCUGACAUUGUUCUUCGCGUUGAAGACUGUGACAGCCCACUUGUACAGAAUGUUGAUGAGGAAGCUGAUGACGAUGAGCCGAGCACAAAAAAGGCAAAGACUAAUGACAGAGAAGAAAUACAAAAUAUAGAAGAGAUCGAUGAAGAAAAACUGUUGGAGGAUAUAGCUGCGACUUUUGUUGAUGAUUUGGCUUAG